UGAGUCUACCUGCCCCUGGGGCCCCUCAGUCACAUGUCUAGCUACUGAGAUAAUGCAAAUAAACAUCUGAGCAAGUUAAUGAGUAAGCUGUUAGGAUGAAAGGUCAGGAAACAUGAUUUUAUCUGGAAUGUCAGAAUAGGAGAUAACAUCCUGAACUGCAACUUGAGUCCACCUUCUCUGAGGAAGACUUAAUAAGAAACAACAGAGUCACAAAAGAGCCUUCAUUCCAGAAGUGCUCCAGGAAUCAUGCUGGAGAAGUUCUGCAACUCUACAUUUUGGAAUUCUUCAUUCCUGGAUAGCCCAGAAGCAGACCUGCCACUUUGUUUUGAGCAAACUGUUCUGGUGUGGAUUCCCUUGGGUUUCCUUUGGCUCCUGGCCCCUUGGCAGCUUCUUCAUGUAUACAGAACCAAGAUCAACAGAUCAUCUAUCACCAAACUCUAUCUUGCUAAGCAGGUGCUUGUUGGGUUCCUUCUUAUUCUAGCAGCCAUAGAACUGGCCCUUGUACUCACAGAAGACUCUGGACAAGCCACGGUCCCUGCCAUUAGAUAUACCAAUCCAAGCCUUUACCUGGGCACAUGGCUCCUGGUUUUGCUGUUCCAACACAGCAGACUAUGGUGUGUGCAGAAGGACUCUUGGUUCCUGUCCCUAUUCUGGAUUCUCUCAGUACUCUGUGGCAUCUUCCAGUUUCAGACUCUGAUCCGGACACUCUUAAAGGGCAACAAUUCUAAUCUGGCUUACUCCUGCCUGUUCUUCAUCUGCUAUGCACUGAACGUCCUGAUCCUGAUACUUUCAGCAUUUUCAGAAAAAGAUGACUCCUCAAAUAAUCCAUCAUUCACAGCUUCAUUUCUGAGUAGCAUUACCUUUAGUUGGUAUGACAGCAUUGUUCUGAAAGGCUACAAGCAACCUCUGACACUCGAAGAUGUCUGGGAUCUUGAUGAAAAGAUUAAAACGAAGACACUGGUCAGCAAGUUUGAAAAAUGUAUGGCAGGAGAGCUGCAGAAGGCCAGGAAGGCAGUCCAGAGACGACAGCGGGGGAGAGCACAGGAGAACUCCAGGGACAGGCUGCAUGGCUUGAACAAGAAUCAGAGUCGAAGCCAAGAUAUCCUUGUCCUGGAAGAUGUUAAAAAGAAAGAAAAGUCUGGCACUACAGAAAACUUUCCCAAGGCCUGGUUGGUGAAGACUCUCUUCAAAACUUUCUACGUCAUACUCUUGAAGUCCUUCCUACUGAAGCUGAUGCAUGACCUCCUCAUGUUUCUGAAUCCUCAGCUGCUGAAAUUGCUGAUCUCCUUUGCAAAUAACCGAGACGCGUAUGUGUGGGUUGGAUAUCUCUAUUCGGUCCUCUUCUUUGUUGUGGCCCUCAUCCAGUCUCUCUGCCUUCAGAAUUACUUUCAACUGUGCUUCAUGCUGGGGACAAGUGUGCGGGCAACCAUCAUGGCUUCUGUAUAUAAGAAGGCGCUGACCCUAUCCAACCAGAGCAGAAAGCAGUACACCAUUGGAGAAACUGUGAACCUGAUGUCUGUGGAUGCCCAGAAGCUCAUGGAUGUGACCAGCUUCAUCCAUUUGCUGUGGUCAAAUAUUCUACAGAUUACUUUAUGUAUCUCCUUCCUAUGGGCAGAGCUGGGACCCUCAGUCUUAGCAGGUGUUGGGGUGAUGGUACUUCUAAUCCCAAUUAAUGGGAUACUUGCCACCAAGAGUAGAGCUGUUCAGGUAAAAAAUAUGAAGAAUAAAGACAAACGUUUAAAGAUCAUGAAUGAAAUUCUCAGUGGGAUCAAGAUCCUGAAGUAUUUUGCCUGGGAACCUUCAUUCAAAAAGCAAGUCCAUGAACUUCGGAAGAAAGAGCUCAAGAACCUGCUGACCUUGGGUCAGAUUCAGACUAUAAUGAUUUUUCUCUUACACUUAAGUCCAAUCCUGGUGUCUGUGAUCACAUUUUCAGUUUACAUUCUGGUGAAUAGCAAUAAUGUUUUGGAUGCAGAAAAGGCCUUCACCUCCAUCACCCUCUUCAAUAUCCUGCGUUUCCCCCUGAGUAUGUUUCCCAUGGUAAUCACCUCCAUGUUACAGGCCAGCGUUUCCACAGAACGGCUAGAAAAGUACUUGGGAGGGGAUGACUUGGACACAUCCGCCAUUCGACAUGAGUACAAUUUUGACAAAGCAGUGCAGUUUUCAGAGGCCUCCUUUACCUGGGACCGGGAUCUGGAAGCCACAAUUCGAGAUGUGAACCUGGACAUUAUGCCAGGCCAGUUGGUGGCUGUGGUGGGCACUGUGGGCUCUGGGAAGUCUUCCUUGAUGUCAGCCAUGCUGGGAGAAAUGGAAAAUGUCCACGGGCACAUCACCAUCAAGGGCACUAUAGCCUAUGUCCCACAGCAAUCCUGGAUCCAGAAUGGCACCUUAAAGGACAACAUCCUUUUUGGAUCCGAGUUGGAUGAAAAGAAAUACCAGCAGGUUCUGGAGGCCUGUGCCCUCCUCCCAGACUUGGAAGUGCUGCCCGGAGGAGACCUGGCCGAGAUUGGAGAGAAGGGUAUAAAUCUCAGUGGGGGUCAGAAGCAGCGGAUUAGCCUGGCCAGAGCUACCUAUCAAAAUUCAGACAUCUAUGUUCUGGAUGACCCCCUGUCAGCCGUGGAUGCUCAUGUGGGAAAACAUAUUUUCAAUAAGGUCUUGGGUCCCAAUGGCCUAUUGAAAGGCAAGACUCGACUCUUGAUUACACAUAGCAUUCACUUUCUUCCCCAAGUGGAUGAGAUUGUGGUUCUGGGGAAUGGCACCAUCCUGGAGAAGGGAUCCUACAGCACUCUGCUGGCCAAGAAAGGAUUGUUUGCUAAGAUUCUGAAGACAUCCAAAAAACAGAUGGGUCUUGAAGGAGAGGCCACAGUCAAUGAGGACAGUGAAGAAGAUGACUGUGGGCUGAUGCCCAGUGUGGAGGAAAUCCCUGAGGAGGUGGCCUCUUUGACCAUGAGAAGAGAGAACAGCCUUCAUCGAACACUUAGUCACAGUUCUAGGUCCAGUAGCAGGCACCGGAAAUCCCUAAAAAACUCUUUGAAAACUCGGAAUGUGAAUACCCUGAAGGAGGAGGAAGAACUAGUCAAAGGACAAAAACUAAUUAAGAAGGAAUUCAUACAAACUGGAAAGGUGAAGCUGUCCGUCUACCUGAAAUACCUGCGAGCCAUGGGAUUGUGUUUGAUAUUCUUCAUCAUCCUUGCCUAUGUGAUCAAUGCUGUGGCUUAUAUUGGAUCCAACCUCUGGCUCAGCGCUUGGACCAAUGACUCUAAAACCUAUAAUGGCACUAACUAUCCAGCCUCACAGAGGGACCUGAGAGUUGGCGUCUAUGGAGCUCUGGGAUUGGUACAAGGUGUGUUUGUGCUCCUAGGAAAUCUUUGCAGUGCCCGUGCUUCCACUCAUGCGUCAAACAUCCUUCACAAGCAACUGCUAACCAAUAUCUUUCGAGCACCCAUGAGUUUUUUUGACACAACACCCACAGGCCGGAUUGUGAACAGGUUCGCUGGUGAUAUCUCCACGGUGGAUGACACCCUCCCCUUGUCCCUGCGAAGCUGGAUACUGUGCUUCCUGGGAAUCAUCAGCACCCUUGUCAUGAUCUGCAUGGCCACUCCCAUCUUUAUCACCGUCAUCAUUCCCCUUGGCAUCAUUUAUACAUUUGUACAGAUGUUUUAUGUGGCUACUUCCCGCCAGCUGAAACGUCUGGACUCUGUCACCAGGUCCCCAAUCUACUCUCACUUCAGUGAGACUGUGUCAGGUUUGUCUGUCAUCCGUGCCUUUGAGCAUCAGCAGCGAUUUCUAAAACAUAAUGAGGUGGGGAUUGACACCAACCAGAAAUGUGUCUUCUCUUGGAUUGUCUCCAACAGGUGGCUUGCAGUCCGUCUGGAGCUGAUUGGGAACCUGAUUGUCUUCUUUGCAUCUAUGAUGAUGGUUAUUUAUAGAGAUACACUAAGUGGAGACACUGCGGGCUUUGUUCUGUCCAAUGCACUUAAUAUCACACAAACCCUGAACUGGUUAGUGAGGAUGACGUCAGAAGUAGAGACCAACAUUGUGGCUGUUGAACGAAUAAAUGAGUACAUCAAAGUGGAAAACGAGGCACCCUGGGUGACUGAUAAGAGACCUCCCCCAGGUUGGCCCAGCAAAGGGGAGAUCCAGUUUAACAACUACCAACUACGGUACAGGCCUGAGCUGGAUCUCAUACUGAAAGGGAUCACCUGUGACAUUAAGAGUAUGGAGAAGGUUGGUGUGGUCGGCAGGACAGGAGCUGGGAAGUCAUCCUUGACAAAUGCCCUCUUCAGAAUCCUAGAGGCUGCAGGUGGCCAGAUCAUCAUUGAUGGGGUAGACAUUGCUUCCAUUGGGCUCCAUGACCUCCGAGAGAAACUGACCAUCAUCCCCCAGGAUCCCAUCCUGUUCUCUGGAAGCCUGAGGAUGAAUCUAGAUCCUUUUAACAACCACUCAGAUGAGGAGAUUUGGAAGGCCCUGGAGCUGGCUCACCUCAAAUCCUUUGUGGCUGGCCUGCAAGUUGGAUUGUCCCACAAAGUGACAGAGGCUGGUGACAACCUUAGCAUAGGGCAGAGGCAGCUGCUGUGCCUGGCCAGGGCUCUGCUUCGGAAAUCCAAGAUUCUGAUCAUGGAUGAGGCCACUGCUGCGGUGGAUAUAGAGACCGAUCACCUUAUCCAGACGACCAUCCAAAAGGAGUUCUCCCACUGCACGACUAUCACCAUUGCUCAUAGGCUCCACACCAUCAUGGACAGUGACAAGAUAAUGGUCCUAGACAACGGGAAGAUUGUAGAGUAUGGCACCCCUAACGAACUGCUGAAAAAUUCUGGCCCCUUUUGUUUGAUGGCCAAAGAAGCUGGCAUUGAAAAUGUGAACAGCACAUCACUCUGACAGUCCACCUACCGUCUCCUUGGCUUCCACUAUGAAUGACUGGUUCUGCUGGAGCAACAGUCUUUGGGACGUUUGCUGCAUAAGCCCACAGCCACUCACUCUUCUCUAGGAAACAACUUUGUUGGAAUCCAUCUAUAGAGAUUGUCGAGUUAUCCACUGGUUGUACCUCUAGACACAGAUUUCUUUCCCAACACCUGGUGCUAACACCCUUGCCUGCUGGCUCUUUUGUUGUUAGCAUCUAUAUGCAGGAAAACUGUGAUAUUAAGGUUUAACAUUCUGGUAUCAUAGAGACGCCUCCUAGCCCCAUAGAUAUCUGCCUGGCUGAUACUGUAUUUCCAGUCUAUAAACCAAUUACACUUUUGCUAGCUUUUCAUUUUCCUCAUCGAAAGGUCUAAUUUUCCUGCAUACUUACCUUCAAUGUUAAUGGUUGACCCAAAUCCUUUUGUUUUAGCCAGAUUUAAAGUAGGGGUAUGGCUCAAGGGCCAAAUCUGGCUGUUUCUGUAAAUGAAGAUUUAUCAGAACCACCAUGCUCACUUGUUUUUGUAUUAUCUAUGCCUACUCUUGGGUUACAGUGGCAGAAUUGAGGAGCUGUGACAGACUGUAUGGCCUACAAAGCCUAGAAUAUUCACUGUCUGGCCUUGUACAGAAAAGGUUUGCUGACCCCUAUUGCAGAAUCACCAGGGUAGCCUGAAUUGGAUCAUGCUUCCGUUCGCAAAAAGAGAAUUUGCCUCAAAAAUGGCAUGUGAUUUCAUAACUGCAGGAGACAGAAAUAAUGGUCCCUAAAGAUGUGCACAUCCUAAUCCUCAAAACCCAUGAGGACUUAUUUACCUUACAUAUCAAAAGGGACUUUGCAGAUGGGAUUAAGGAUAUUGAGAUGACCUUAUCCAGAUGGGCCCAAUGUAAUCAAAAGGAUCCCCAGAAGAGAGGCAGGUGGACCACAGAAUGAAGAUGGUGUCAGGGCAGAGACAUUGGAAGACGCUAUGCUGCUGGCUUUAAUGAUGGAGAAAGGGAACAUAAGCCAAUGCAGGCAGCUUCUAGAAGCUGGAAAAGGCAGGGAAACAGAUUCUCCCUUGGAACCUCCAGAAGGAACUGGCCCUACCGACACUGUCUAGCUGAGUGAGUGAGACUGAUUUUGCACUUCUGACCUCCGGAAUUACAAGAAAUUUGUGUUGUUUUAGGCCACAAACUAUGGUAAUUUGUUAUAGCAGCAAUAGGAAACCAAUACAAUACGAUAAGUCCAAGUAGCUCUGAUGAAAUUGCCAAUAUUCUCCAACUGAAGUUGGCUUAAUGACAAUUCAUUGAUCUUCAGUGAAUCCCAUUUGAGUUUGCAGACGACUACACCAUCUUUUCAGCCCUGCUAAAAACAGGUUUCAGUGCUCAUACCUGUCCCUCUGCUGGCAAACUGCCAGCAUCUUAUUCAGCAUCAUCAUUUUUGGAGGUAAUCUUUUCUUGACCUCAGCGGAGAGGUUGUGGGAAGGUCCUUUGUUAAAGUGAGUCAUGGUGACUCCAUAAGAGGUGGCUGCGACACAUCAGCAGUCUCUCUCAGCUUCCCUGAUCCUGGACCUGAGGAGUGGCUAUGGGAAAGGUUUGGAGCUUGACUCCUCUUGGGUGUCUCAGGGGAUAACUAGCAUGGUGGUACACGGGCAGUGACUUGUGACAUGGUUGAGGCCUGCAGACCUCCCCCCACCUACCCCCGAUCUGCAGUGGAGUCCCAUGCAUCGGCCGGCUCCCAACGUCUCCCGAAUGAACACCCUGCCGCCGCCCAGACCAGAAUGCUUGCUCCCUCUCACCACACCACCAGAACUUACCUCUGGGAAAACACUACACUGGCUCCCUUUUCUUGGAGGGUCACCCCUGAGUGGGGUGAGGGAAUAACUUGCAAGGUCUGCAAUUUGUUGUUGAACACUCCCUUCUUGAUACAUGCAAAAUACUAAUAUCGAUCUUCAGUAAUACUCGCACGGAAAGUUCCAGUGGGCUGAGUGAGAUACAGCAAGGGUUCUCCUGUACCUAAGAAAGACAUAAGAGUAACAUCUUCAUCAAUACAACAUAUUAAUAUAUAGAGAAGUUUAAAAUCCUGACCUGUACGGUGAUUUAGAAUGAUGCGUAUACAUCUUGAAGUUUCUUGGUCCUUGGGCUCUAAGGUUCUGCAAGUGAAGCAUCUGUGUCCUUCUAGGGCCUGUUUGUAUUCCUGACCCUGAAACAAAACCCACAUAAACAGAGUCCCAGCUGCACAACUAAUUAAAACAGAGUGACACAAAAUUCAAUCCUUAUUAGAACCACGUACUACUCCUAGAGCUCAGUGCGCAAAAAUUUACACACGUCAUCUUAUUUGGUUCCCACAAUAAUUUUGAGAGGAAAGCCAGAAAUCGAGACUUUAUAGAUGGCAAUUCCCACCACUUCUCCAUUCUCCUAGGACUUUUGGAUGAAAGCACAACUGAAGAGCUACUUCCAGACAGGAAAGGGAGAAAAUUCAUGAGAGGAAGCAAGUAGGCAAACCGGAUUGAGAGAUUUUCCUCAAUGACAUUUCCUUCUGUUGUGUCUGAAACAUCUGACACCCUUUCCUUCCGUGGUUUCUGUAACUCUUACUUUUCUGAC